UGCAACAAUUUUUCUUCUAAAUUUCCUCCAUCCAUUCCGUAGAUAUCCUGGUAUCACAAAAAAACAAACCGGUAUUUCGUUCCAAGAAUUCAAGCCUUGGUCGUUUGGCAGUCAGUUGACGUUCACGCCGAGUGUAGCAUCUUGGCCUUGGUGUGGGCAGCAGAGCGGGUUUUCCUCUCCGAACGUACUUUCUGCGAAACCACGAGGAUAACAAACAAAAGCCAGAUUGGCCUUUCAUAUCUGUCUCUCUGUAUUGUAUCGGGGACAUCUAUCGGUUGAUGCGAACUGUCUGCUUCGGGGUUAAUCGCAUACUGGUUAGAGCGAUGGAAACAAAAUCGCCCUAUUUUUCACCGAAGAAACCAAGAAAUUUCACCAAAAAGCAGGGCUUAAGCCUUCUACAGAAGGUUACCCAGCCUGAUAAACCGAUAGAAAGCAACGGUACCGAAACAAAAUGUGUUCCCAAUCCCAAGGUCAAAGCUGAAAGCAACACAAAUGUUGCGCCAGCCAACAAAAGAACCGGUAAAAAGCGUCUGUACAAUAUUCGGGCCGAUGGUGCUUCUGUUACGAAUGCAAUUAUCAAACAGGAACCGAACGUAGUCCCUCGAGUGCUUAAUGAAGCUUCGAGUUCUCUCAAGACGCCAGAAAAACAGCAGAUCGCUAAAGGGAAUACUGGCGUUCUCAAUAAUUUGGAAGCAGCUGUACCGGCGACUGAUGUAAAAAUCAAAGUUGAACCACCAGAGGAAGCGGAAAUAGUUUCACAGCCAAUUUGCGAACAAACGCCUACCAAGCAGGAACCGGUCGAUUAUUUGUCACCUGUUAAACGAGAAACUUCAGCCGUUGCCGAAGAUUCAACCGACAACGCAAAAGAGGCAAAAUGGGAGCCAAAAAAUUGGCGUGAAAUGAUGGAACAUAUUCGCGAAAUGCGUCGAAUGAAUCCGGCACCGGUAGAUACGAUGGGAUGUGAUCAGUUUACGCAGGGCGGCGAAACCGUACUGCCGGACCGUCUGAAACGCUACCAUUGCCUGGUGUCGCUAAUGUUGUCGAGCCAAACGAAGGAUCAGGCCAACCACGAGUGUAUGCUGCGCCUGAAGAAACAUGGUCUCACACCAGAAUCGAUUGUUGCCACCGAUAGUGCAGUACUGCAGCAGCUCAUCUACCCAGUCGGGUUUUACAAGAACAAGACCCGCUUCAUCAAGGAAGUGUCCCAAAUUCUAAUUGACCAGUACGGAGGAGACAUUCCGAACAGCAUCGAAGGUUUGCUGAAGCUGCCGGGAGUCGGCAAAAAGAUGGCCCAUCUUUGCAUGCGUUCCGCCUGGAACAUUGUUACCGGGAUUGGGGUUGACACGCACGUGCACCGCAUAGCCAACUGGUUGCAGUGGGUUCCGAAGGAAACGAAGAACCCGGAAGAAACGCGCCAAGCCUUGGAAAAAUGGUUGCCGUACGAGCUGUGGGAUGAGGUAAAUCAUCUGCUGGUUGGAUUCGGACAAACUAUCUGUACAUCGCGCUUUCCACGCUGUAACGAUUGUCUGAACGCUUCCAUAUGUCCGGCACGUGGCAAGCAACCGAUACGAAGCACACCGAUCAAGAAAGAGGUCAAGAUGGAAGAUUUAGAAUUUUAAGUCGGAGAUUGAUCGAAUCUCAUUUUUUCUUCAAUUUAAUUCAGUUAAAAACGUUUGUUUUUUUUUAUUUACCACCUUCCAGUACAAACAGAACCUAGUUCUUUCGUGUGUAAUUAAACAAAACCAGCAGGUUUUAUCGAACAGUA